AGGGAAAGUUCGUUUGGGCCCCACCGUUUUUCUAAGAAUAAUUUCUGUCUUUUCAUUGUUUUUCUUUCGGGGAGAUUUUGCCUUUCGGCCGUCGACUGUUUCAACUUCCAAACCAGAAAAUAAACAGGAUAGGUGCCCCUAUCCGGAGGGAGACUGAGAGACCGUUGAAUCGUAGAUCAUAGAGAGCGAGAAGGUAGCGUCAAUGGGGGCGACUCGCUUGCUGGUUUACGAUUUCGUCAUCUCCUUCAUGUGGGUGUGGUCGGGGGCUCUGAUAAAGAUCUUCGUGUACGAGGUUCUAGGGUUGGGGCAUGGACUCUGGGGCGAGAUUGUCAAGUCCUCGCUCUACAUCGUCAACAUGUUCUUCUUCGCGUUCCUGGGUAAGCUCACCAAGGGCGGCUCGUAUAAUCCUCUCACCGUGUUGGCCCCCGGCGUUUCUGGGGAUUUCAGCGGCUUCCUCUUCACCGUCGGCGCUCGCAUCCCUGCCCAGGCAGUUGGUUCCAUUACUGGGGUUAGGCUCAUCAUUGAGACCUUUCCUCACCUAUGGCUCGGACCACAUUUGAGCGUUGACAUUCAUCGAGGGGCACUAACUGAAGGACUCUUAGCAUUUGUGAUCGUCAUCAUCUCACUAGGACUUGGUAGAAAGAUUCCUGGAAGUUUUUACACAAAGACUUGGAUAUCAAGCCUCUCUAAGCUGACUCUGCAAAUACUUGGUUCUGAUCUAACCGGUGGAUGUAUGAACCCAGCUUCUGCAAUGGGAUGGGCCUAUGCUCGUGGAGAUCAUAUAACCAAGGAACAUGUGCUUGUUUACUGGCUUGCACCGGUAGAGGCCACCCUGCUGGCAGUGUGGAUAUUUAGACUGCUCGUGGGGCCUCUAAAAGAGCAGGAAACAAAGAAGAAGAAAUCAGAGUGAAGCAAUGGCAUUUGAGUUUUGUUCGGUGUCUACUGGAUGAUCUCAUCUGUUGAAGUUGGAGACCGGGAGCAUAUGUCGUCCUAAGGCAUGAGAUGUGCUUUAACUUCUAAUCUUUUGUCCGGUCUGGCAAUCUGCCUGGUAUGUUGGGUUUAUCUAACCCUUGAAUUAGUCACUACGCUGGUCAUUUGCUUUAUUCGUAGACAAUUGGCAAUAUAUUAUGUAAAUCAUGCCAGGCUGCUAUAACGGUGUAGGUCUCGUUAGGCAAUCUGUAUGUAUGAUGGGUUCCGCAAUCUUCAACAUUUCUUCGAUAUCAAGCUCUCCACCAACUCUGUAUCCAAUAUACCUCGUUUCUUCAAUAUUAAACUCUCUCUCUCUCUCU